AUGUAUGGUCAGACAUCAAAGCCCCUCACCUUUGGCUUCGGUGCGAGCACUAACACGCAAACAAGCGCGAUACCGUCGUUCAGUGGAUGGACGAGUACCACCACUAGUAACACUGCUUUGCAAAGUUCUGUUUUCAGAAGUGCGGGCAGUACUUCAAAGCCAGGAGGAUUGUUUGGUGCGAGUACUACCGGGGUAGGGUUAGGUGGCCUUGGAGCAUUUGGAGGACAAUCGCAAGGAUCGUUAUCUACCGGAUUCACUCUGGGAGGAAGCAAGCCGCCACAUCUAUCAACAGGGUUGGGUGGAGGUUUGGGUGGUCAAUCAGGAUUUUCGUCUAGUUUGUAUUCAUCUCAGGCACCGACUGGAUCUGGAUUUACAUUAGGCGGACAACUAGGAGGCAUAACUGCUACACAGCAGGUUACUGGACUUGAAUCCAUUACGCGAGCAACAAAAUUCAUAGACUUGCCCGAGGAUGUAAAAAAGCAUUUAUUGAACGUUGAAAAUUAUAUAGAACAACAGAAAAAAGUGUCAGGAACAAUAAAAACAACUUCACUGCCAGAUGCAAAAGCUAGACACGAAGAAAUUGCAAAGCAAGUUCAUCAAGUUACAACAAAAGUAAUAAGGCUGAGAAACCAUUUAGAGACGGAUGAGCGAGUUGUUAAGGAUCUUUUGCAAAACUUUGAAAGACAACGAGCAUAUAUGGAUCAUGCAGUUAGAGUGAGCGAGUUCAUGGAAAAGGAUGACAGAUACCAUCAAGUCUCUGGAAAUGGAGCACUCAAAUAUUUCCAAGAUCUCAUCACAUCUCUAAAAGAAAGGCUUGAUCAGUACAAUGAAUACAUCCAAGAACUUGAACGACACAUGUCUGCGGUUACACAAGCAGAAAAUGAACAAGCGCUUAAAAAUGCUAUUUCAGAUACGUUGCGUUUCCAACACGAUAGCUUUAUGGUUGUAACGGGGAAAAUAGCAUCCCUUCAUGAAGCUGUCGAUCAGCUACGUAAAGAGUACUUGGAAUAUCGGCGAAUUCGAUUUGGAGAUACGCAUAAUCCGUUUAUAGACAAAUCAUGGAAGCGAGGUAACCGAAUGACUAGAGCAUUUAACUGA